AUGUUAUUCAAAUUCUCAAAGGUGAAUGCCAUUGUACAUAUAGAGACUGGUGUUCAAAAAUUUCGCGCAGGAUUCUUAGUCUCAACUCCUGAUCUGAAUUUGGGAUAUUCUGUGAUACCGCCAAUAAGGUUGUUGAAUGGAACG